UCUCAUAACAUCUCACAGAGGAUGUACUUCCUGUGUGGGCGGAGUCAGUGUGUCAGGUUAACAGUGAUUUUAAGAUACACAGUCACAUAAUCUGGUAGGUGAAAAAUCUCACAGUUUUUCAUGAUCUUCUUCUCACCAUGAGAGAGCGACACUUCUUCCUGCUCCUGUUCUCAGGAGUGCUGAGCUUCGGAACGUUAUGUACAGCACUGAAAGAAACCAGCCUCACAAAACAGGAAUGUAUUGCUACUGAUGACUCCACUUCAGACUUCCUGAUGUGUGUGGGUGUCCCAUCAGACCCUGGGGCAGGAGAGCAGCAGAUCCUCAACCUGAAGGGCCUGAUUGAUGCUGUGCUUGAUGUCUUUGUGUUUAUGAACUCGGGAUUGAGUGGCAUCCCGUUGCUGAACGUGUCAGCAGGAUGGAGCAUCAACACCACAGCUCUGCUGCAGGAUGAUGACGUCAUCAGGGCGUGGCUGCAGAUCAGGCUGACUCCACUGCUCUCCUCCAUCUCGCAGAACUUCCUCACCUGCCUCAGUUACAACAACUUCAGCUGCCAGACUUACCAGACUAUGGUGCAGGAGCUGAGUCAGCAGUUCUCCACUUUGGAUUCUCAGACGCAGAAGUGGAUCUACUCCUACUUCAUGCAGCCCUUCCUGUCCAGAAACACACUGGCAGGUUGUGUGCUACCUGGUGACACCACUGAGGACUGGCUCACAAAGAACUUUGGCUCCUUCUCAGUUCUGGCCCAAGUCAGAGACUUCACCUCAAUCAAUGGACUCUUCAGUGGGUUGGAUGUACUGCAUUUGUUGAGUCCGGAGCAGAAAGCAGAGCUCAUGCUGUAUCCUGAGACAGCCGGUCUGAACAACGAGUCCCUCAGUGUGGUUCUGGGCAGCCUGAUGGGGUCACUAACACCCUCUGGAGGAGAUGUGAACACAUCCAAUGGUAUCAUGUGGCAUGCAGGAUUUCCUGUUAUGAACUCAUCCACUCCACAAGACCCACUCACACAGGCGGUGAAUGGCUUCAUGACUGCGUUUAGACCUGUUGGGAGUUUUGUCAGAGAAUUUGUGUCCUUCACACAUCAGCAAGACCUGAGCAGCAUGAGGAGUGCGAUGCUGAUACAGGCGAUGCUAAACUGGACACUGGCCGAGCUCGCAGCUGGGUAUAAAAACACCAGCAAUAAUCAGCAGAUGGAGCAGAUGUUUGUUCCUACAGACGUCAACUCCUGGUUUAUACACAUCGUUGCUCCAAUACUGAACAGAUAUCUCUCCAGCGACAUACCAGCUGACCUCACUGCUGUCUUUCAUAAUGUGUUUUAUAUGGAGAAUUCAGUGAACGAAACUCAGGACACCUGCAGUGUCACUCUGGAUGGCAUGUGUGCUGUGACUAAUGUGAUGGAGCAUGUGGCAAAAGUCCUGCAGUGUGCGGCGAUUACGAAUCUGACGCUCACAGAGGAAACAGUGACCAGUCUCGUACUGCACCUGUCCAGCAACCUCAACACACUCCUGAACCAGCUCGCCAACACGAAUUUUAGUUCAGAGGAUUCCCCUUUUAGAGACAUUCUAGAACGAAUCCACGACCCGGCACGCGCUGACCUGAAGGACAAGGCGUUUAUCACCAUGUGGUUUCAUAUCAAACUGAAGCCUCUCUUACCCAGUCUGACGCCUGAGUACCUGCUCUGCCUCAGCGCCAAACCAUUUUCCUGCCAAACUUUCCAGACACUUGUGUGGGAGAUGAGCAACAACAUGUUCCUGAUGGCCGAGAACGGAACUCGUAUGGUUUAUAAUAACUUCAUCAUCCCGUUCCUGUCCCAACAAUACUCCAUAGGUGCCUGCAUGGGUAACAGCAGUUUUGAGUGGAUCAAGAUGAACCUGGGUGGAUUCUCUCAGCUAGCCACUGUGCAGGAGAUGUACCUGCUGAAUCCUGGGUUUGAUGCUCUGGAGGCUUUCAACGCUCUCACUCUGAACCAAAUAGCCGAGAUCAUCGUUGAAGACCUGCCUCAACUUCCAGAUAAGAAGCAGCUCAUUGACAUCAUGUUCAGCAACAUACUGACAUCAUGGACAAUGAGAGGGCAGCUUCCGCAGCUCAUCCUCCUCAUCUCAGAGAUGAACACGAUGAAAAAUAACUGUUUGAUCUAUCAGGAAAUGUUUUCAUGGCUCCACUUUGCUUCUCUGUCUGCAAACCCAGAAGAAGAAACAGUGAUCCUCAGCAGCAUCAACACCCUAGUGAACGCAACACCAGCAGAUUGUGUCUCCUACAGUGGCGAGUGCAACAUCACUCCUGUCAACGGGUCGACAGUGUGUGCCGGUGUGAACAGUUCUGCUCUGCUCGAGUACCUAAAAGCGCCACAUAACGGGAGUCAACUCUGCAGCUUCAAUAUAACACAGUACGCCUGUGCUCAGUUGACUGGUUUUUCUGCAGUAGACCUGGCGACGGUGUUGUCGUGUGAUCACUAUGGUAACAGCACUAUCUCAAAAGAGACAUGGAAACUCUUUGUAACGAACGUCAGUCCGGUCCUUGGCCCCGCCCUCGACCUGUUUACCAACACGACCUUCCCGUCGUCCCUCCCCCUGGUGGUCAUGUUGGAUAUGAUUGGUGAGGUGACCUUGGGUACUUUCAGUCCGUCCAGUUUCACCAACGAUUCAUUCAUCCAGCUGUGGUUCGGGAAUAGACUCCGCCCCUUCUUACCUUACGUCUCACGCAACUUCCUGUCCUGCAUCUCCAAAAACAACUUCAGCUGUGAGACGUACCAGAGUGUGGUUAAGAUUUUGAGCCAGCAGUUUGAUGCCAUGUCCACUGAGACUCAGAUGUCUGUCUAUGUCUACUUCAUCUACACGUUCCUCAGCCUCAACCAGACUGCAGGUUGUACUGUUGGAGUUCAGAGCUCUGAUUGGCUGAAACUAAACUUUGGGCCCUUUGCUGGAUUUGCACCUAUCGCUGUACUACAGAGUCUGAACCCUACCUUCUCAGUGAUGGAUGUUUUGGGCAGUUUAAGUCUGGCACAGCUGGUGCAGGUCGCCACCUCUCCUGCGCUCAUAAGCACACCGGCUCAGGUCACUCAGGUGAUGAACAUCAUUCCAGACUCGGAACUCGGCGUGUUCUUCUCCAAGCUCUCCGCCACCCUCACUGGCGGGGGUGUGUCGCUCACCCCCGUGGUCAGCGAGGCUUUUCUGCAGCAGGUGUUUGUGAGAGUGAAUCUGGGAGACGCGACGUUGUCAGACUCUGAGGUGCAGCAGUGGAUCAGCAUCAGACUGAAACCUUUCAUCUCCAGCAUCCAGACAUCACAAAUCCCUCUGUACUUCAGCAUGAUCACACAACGCUCCUGCAACAUCUCACAUCAAGGUGUGGCGCUGCUGAACUCCACCCGCUCCAGUUUCAGUCCGGAAAUACUGCAGGCAAUCUACAGCCAGCUCGUCAUCUCUCUCAGAGGGCCCAUGCUGAUGAACUGCUACACCAAUCAGAGCUACUACGCCUUCCUGCAGUCGUACUUCAUGGGUUUCCAGUUCCCUCCUCUCUCCACCUUCCUGUCCCUCAUGCCUCCAGACCGCAUGCCAGAGCUGCUGAACUCCAUGUCUCCACCAGAGCUGUCUCAGUUCCUGAAUCACAAUGGCACUGUGGACGAACAAACCAAACUGUGCGAGCUCUUCAACAACUACAACCAAACAGAGAAGUACCUGCAAAGUGAGCCGGUUUUGUCCUCAGCCCUGGCCAGCCAGACGUUGGAGUGUGUGUGGCCUCGUGCUAUCAGUGCUUCAUCUCAGGCUGAUGUGGAUAGAUGGUUUAGCGUCGCGCUAGUCCAGUACAUGCCCUACCUCAGCUCUCAGAUGAUCGGCUCCACCCAGAUGGCCGGGGCCUCCUGCUUUGCCUUCUCCAACUUUGUGUCCGUGAUGGGAAGGUAUAACUUUAGCAAUGCAGCUUUCACCCAGAAAGACAUCUAUGCCACCAUCCAGGCCUACCUGACCACAGCAACCCCACCCAAAUGCUACAACCCCUCAGACCCCAUGCUGAACUCCAUGGCCUGGUUUUAUCAGUACAUCGGAGUCUUCAUCACCUUCAUCACUGUGGAUGACCUGCAAAGUUUUGGAGGUGUAGAGCUGGCGCAGUUCACUCCGGAUAAACAGAAUCUUGAACUGUUCGCAAACUACAACAUUAGUCAAGACGUCAUCACUGUCUACGCAAAUAUGCUGUUUGAAACCAAGCCGGACUUCAGCAUCCAGUUUCUCCCUACACAGUUUUGGUGUUCUGCUCCAGCAAGUGCCUUCUCAAACCUGUCUCAAAGUUAUGCAGUGAACAUCACCAAAUCUCUACAACAGCAGUGCACAAAAAUAGACCCUACUGUAACUGCUGCAUUAGUAGGUAAUGUGGACAUCCUGACAGCAAACACCAUUUUGACGUUGGGAAACUCCAUCACCGGUCUUAGUGUGGGUCAGAUUGAAGGCUCGAGCCCCUCCAUCCUACUGUCCACCCUCAGUUUCCUCAGCUCUGUGGUUGGCUGGAGCCAGAGCCAGGCCAUGGCCAUCAUCCAAUCACUGCUCUUGGCUGGAGAGUUUAAGAUCACCACAGUCGAGUCGUUGCAGCAGUUGGGCAGUCUGUUGAUGGGUGUUCCCUCCACACUGUUCAGCUACAUCUCUGCAGCUACACUGCUCAACGCCCUGCAGUCUCAGGCCUUCCUAAAUAACAUGCUCACUACUCCCAUCACCACGCAGCAGAUCGUUGUCAACCAGAUCAUCUCAGUGAACUCCAGCCCUGACACGGUUGUGCAGAAUGUGCCGGACACCAUGACGCCGUUGAUUCCUCGCCCAAAUCUGCUGCUUCUGUCUCAGCAAACAGCAACAACUCUCAAUCAGAAACAGUGGACUUAUGAUCAGGCCAUGCUGUUCUUUGACAUCGUGGCUGAUGGUUUCUCCAACGCAGACAAUAUCUCGUUCCAGGUGUUGCAGGGUUUCACCUGCACACGUACUCAGAGGUUCAGCGCUCUGAAGGUGAAGAAUCUGAUCAGAGGCUGCAGGAGCCGUGGCAAGAAGAAGGUCGUCCUACAGGAGUCACAGCUGACCUGCAUGUACAACUACAUAAAGAGCGACACUGUGACUGUCUUCACUGAUUAUCCUGCUGACAUGCUGCUCUACUACAAUCUUUCUGAGGUGCAGCCGUCUGUGUGUCAGGCGUAUUACUCAGCUCUGGGUGAAGCGGAUUUCAGUGUGUUCUCCUCAACGCUAGCGUUCAGGAGAGACAUCCUGUUUACGAAUGCUCGUCAGUGCCUCGGCGUCUCGGGGCUGAGUGUGAACCGGACCCAGCUGGACGUGAUGGGACAGAUGGUGUGUGUGUUCAACAGCUCUUACAUCCUCAACUCAGACCCGUACGUGCUGGAGAAGCUCAAACUGUGUGCUACUCUAACAGCCGAGCAGAGCAGCGCUGUCGAGAACGUCCUGCUCAGUGGGAACACCAUUUAUGGAGCUCCAGCCAGUUGGAAUCAGACCACGCUGACGGCUUUGGGCGUUCUGCCCCUGUACCUGACCUCCAACUUCUGGGCCUACUUUACACAGAAAGAGAAGGUGGAUUUUCUCCGGGUGUUUGUUCCUUCGCUGAAGGACAGAGGAAUAUCGAGAAACCGCAUCUACACUCUGAUCACUGAGGCAGGAAAAGUGUCCAAUCCCGGCGUCAGGAGUUUGUUACGAUUCAGACGUGACACUUCGUGUACGGUGGGGGAAAUAACUCAGAUCCAGGCGAGCGACAACUCUUUCCCCUUCGGCUACGACGUGAACCAGUUCAACGCGUGUCUCAGCGUCCAGACCCUAAAGGACAACCUGGCCGCCAUCACCAACAAGGCCACGGGCAGCGAGUUCCAGCGGGUCAUCCUGGACAAACUCAACCAGGCUUACCCAGCCGGCAUCAGUGACGCAGUGCUGCAGGUCCUUGGCCCCGCCUCCCGAGCCGCCUCCACCAGUGACAUCAGCAAGUGGAACGUGACAACGAUCGACACGCUGUCCGCUCUGAUGAGGUCAUAUGAUGGAGCCUGGAGCCCAGAGCAGGUGAGAGCUAUAGUCAGCAGGUAUGUGAGUGGAAACAGAACUCUGGGGUCCUUGGAGCUGAACGCACUGGGAGGAACAAACCUGUGUGCACUGAACACCAGCCUGCUGAAGACCAUCAGCUCCAGCAGCCUGCAGGUUGCGAGUGCGCUGUCAGUGUCGACCUGCAGUGUGGAGCAGAAGCAGGCUCUGUUCAGCAUCGCUCAGCUCGCCUUCAGUGACCAAACACUGAGCAAGAGCACAAAGUCCACCAACACGGUGUCUACUAACACCUACCAGCUCAUACAGACAUACCUGGGUGGGGCCGAUAUUUCCUACGUGCAUACACUCUCCAUCUCCAACAUCAGCAUGGACUUGCUCACCUUCAUCACGCUGGGCCAGAACGUCGUUGAUAACCUGACAGUGAGUGAGGUGCAGGGUCUGCUAGGCAAUAAUCUGCCCGAUCUGAAGGUGUACGAGAAUAACCCGGUGGUUCACAGCUGGGUCACACGGCAACUGCAGUCUGAUCUCAACACGCUGGGCAUCGGACUCACUGGGGGACGCGUCACACCUACAGCCACUACGGCUAGUGCUAAUGCUAACACUAAUAGCAGUGCUAAUGCCAAUGCUACUACUGCUACCACCACCAAACCUACAGGUGCAGGCUCGAGUAUCUCCGCCUCCUCUGGGCUGCAGAAGCUCCUCCUCUUCCUGGGUGUAACCAUGGCAACACUGCGGCUAAUUCACUGAUUAUGACAUCACAGCAGGACAUCAGGACAUCAUCUCUCUCUGCUGUGUGUUUAUAACAAAAUGUAUUUAAAACCCUCCACUUCCUGUUCACCUGUAGAGCUGUCUCACUACCUGUCUCACUGUCUCACUACCUGUCUCACUACCUGUCUCACUGUCUCACUACCUGUCUCACUAUCUCACUACCUGUCUCACUACCUGUCUCACUAUCUCACUACCUGUCUCACUGUCUCACUACCUGUCUGUCUCACUGUCUCACUACCUGUCUGUCUCACUGUCUCACUACCUGCCUGUCUCACUAUCUGUCUCACUGCCUGUCUGUCUCACUGUCUCACUACCUGUCU